AUGUCACUUAAAUACUUAGACAACGCCAGAAAGAUCUUGUGUAUCGGCAGAAACUAUGCGGCCCAUAUUCUGGAGCUCAACAAUGCUAAACCUCAACAGCCGUUUUUCUUCUUGAAGCCACUGUCGGCAAUUUUACGGCCUGGUGAAGGGGCCCUCUUGAUCCCUCGAGGAACUGUCGCUCACUAUGAAGUAGAACUUGCCUUUACGUUGAACCGAGACUUGAAGAACUUGUCACCCGACUUCUCGGCCGAGGAAGCUCUCGAAUCCAUUGAUGGCUACGCCGUGGCCAUCGACAUGACUGCUAGAAAUGUUCAGGAUGAAGCCAAAAAGAAAGGUUUACCAUGGUCCAUUGGAAAAGGAUUCGACACCUUUUUGCCCAUGUCGAACUUCAUUCCCAAGAGCAAAAUUCCUGAUCCCUACAAUGUGACCUUGUCGCUUUCAGUGGACGGAGUGACCAAACAACAUGAUAAAACUGAUUUGAUGCUUUUCCCGAUCCACAAGAUCUUGUCGCAUAUGUCAACGAUUAUGACAUUGCAAAAAGGAGACUUGAUUUUGACGGGAACACCAAAGGGAGUGGGUCCUAUUAAUCCUGGAAGUGUGAUGAAGGCCGAGUUGAGUUAUGGAGGAGAAGUGUUGGAGACAAUUGAGGUGGCUGCUGAAGAGAAGCCAGGUCCAUACCAGUACAAGGAGAUUUAA